AUGGAGCUGACAGAAGGAAAUAUAGCUUACAAGGCCCACGCCCGUGAACCUGGCGUCCAGGAAGCGUCAAGUGAAUUGAAUCAGCCUGUCCCCGAGGCCCAGACAGAGACAACAGAGACAGCACUGGAGACCCGGGCAUUCUCUGCCUUCAGCCAAAACGAAAAGCUAUUCAUCGUGAUGAUGGUCAGCCUGGCUUCAUUCUUCUCCCUCCUAUCCGGUCAAAUCUACUACCCCGUUAUGCGCACCUUGGUCGAUAAAUACGAUCUCACCACAGAGCUGGUCAAUCUGACGAUCACAACAUACAUGAUCGUGCAAGGAUUGGCGGCAAUUUUCAUGGGUACAUUUGCGGAUACCGGAGGAAGACGCCCGGCCUACAUCGUUGCAUUUGCGAUCUAUAUCGCCGCAAACAUUGGCCUGGCGUUGCAAAACAGCUUCCCGGCUCUGCUGGUUCUUCGCUGUGUCCAGAGUGCUGGAAUUAGCGGCACGGUCCCCUUUGGUUAUGGAGUCAUAGUGGACAUCACAACGACGGCCGAGCGAGGCAAAUACAUUGGUCCCAUAUCAGCCGGCGUGAAUGUUGCACCUGCGCUAGGUCCGGUGAUCGGUGGCCUACUGGCAGAGUUCAUCGGAUGGCGAAGCGUCUUCUGGUUCCUGGCCAUCAUCAGUAGUGGAUAUCUGGUAAUCUUUGUGCUUUUUAUGCCCGAGACUGCGCGCAAAGUCGUUGGAGAUGGCGGCUCGCCGCCUACUCAAUGGUGGCGUAAAUCUGUAAUUCAAUGGUGGUCGACUCGACAGACAAGAAGACCUGGCGAUCAGUCCCAUCUGGAAGAGACAUCUCAGCACCAGUCUCGGCAGACAGGUCUCAGAUUCCCAAAUCCUCUCAAGACUUUUGCUGUCCUGCUGGAACGGGAUGCAUUAAUCAUCAUGGCGUAUGUUGGUCUCAUUCUGUUCUCGACCAUUGCGCUAUUGACCAGCACCGCCAAUCACUUCGGUAAUCUGUAUGGGUUUAAUGAACUCCAGAUCGGCCUUUGCUUCCUGCCUUUCGGGAUCGGUGCUUGCUUCGGUUCAAUCCUAUACGGCAAAGUAAUCGACUACAACUACAAGCGCAUAGCCCAGAGACUGGGUCUGCCCAUAGACCGCACGAACGGUGACAACCUACGCGGAUUCCCUGUCGAGCAUGCCCGCCUGCAAAUAAUCUUCCCAGUCUUGACAAUUGGAAUCGCAGCCUUAAUUUCCUACGGUUGGGUCUUACAGCAAAGAGUAAAUCUUGCCGCACCUCUUGUUCUGCAGUUCAUCAUGGGUUUCUGUUUUGUUGCAGCGCUGAAUUGUCUCAACACCCUUCUUGUUGAUCUCUUUCCCGACAAGCCUGCCACAGCUGCGGCUGCGUGCAACCUUGUCCGGUGCUGGCUGGGAGCCAUUGGUGCUGCUGUGAUCAAUCAGAUGAUGGAUGCUAUGGGCUGGGGGUGGAGCUUUGUUUUCUUGGGAUUGACAAUGGCUACUGCCAUGGGAUUGCUUUGGGUUGAAAUGGAACACGGGAUGGGGUGGAGGGAGAAAAGAUUCUUGAAGGAUGAGCGCAAGAAAGCGAGCAGCGAGGCGCAGGUCAGUAUUGAAGGGAAGUUCGAGCAUCCGGAGCAGAAAGAUGAUUACCGAGAAGUGAGAACUAAUGUUGAAGAACUGCGGUCCUCAUAA